CGGCGAAGACGGUACUUCCUCUGCGCUGCGCACGCCUAGCCCCGCAGCGCCCCCUCCCGCUGCCGAUCCGCGUCCCGCCGGGCCGAGCCGGGUGUCCCCUCCGCGGCCGCCUGCACCGUGCCGCCGAAAGGCCAGCGCGGCCUCAAGUUGUUGAUCGGAGCGCCGGGUCCUGCAAGUCAGGUCGGCUGGUGCCGGAGGCCGGAGCGCGCUCCCUGGCGGCGGCCAGGAGUCUCGGUGCUGAGGACGCUCUGUCGGGACCCUGAGCCAGUUCUGCGCGUGGCUGGGCCCCUCUCCGGGUCGGACGCCUCCCCUCGAGAUCUUCGUCCCUGAAGGCCGGGAAACCUGUGCAAGUAAUUUUCGUAUUCCCCCAGUGUCUAGGCGUACAGGAGCUGCUCGUUACAUGUUAGUAGGAUUCAUCUAGUUUUGGAAGAAAGCAAGGCUUCCACAGAAAUUCUCCAAUUUUCCAGAACAUGUGAUCCAUGAUAAUGAGGCCCGAGAGUUAACUGACAUGCCCAAGGAAACAGAACUAGUAGGUCAUGGAGCCAGGAUGCAAAAGUGUAAGGUGCUUAACUAGGUUGUGCUUUGAAACUGUAUCUGAUAUAUAAUUUUUUCAGCCUUGAAAUAAUGGAAGAAGCUGCAGAGGAAUUAAAAAUAACUGCAUAAGGGAAAUGCUUGCCAAAAUAUUCAGUUGUUAAUAACUCAAAGUGAAGAGCUCUUUCAAAUUUAUUCAAGAAAACACAAACACAGAAGCUAUACACAGACAUGUGAAAUUAUGCUGAUAUAUGUUCUGGAACUUGGAAAUGACCUCUUCCUCUAAGAAUGAAGCCAAUUAAAAUCGUUGCAUGAAUGUAUAAUUCAGCCAUUCAUGUGUAACAGAUCAGGACCCUGUGGGGGCCUUCCAGGAUAGACCCCUCCCCCAUAUACUCUGCUAUAGCUCCUGUUGGAAGUACCCAGAUAAUAGUAUCUCAUGCAUAUUUCCUGAGUUUUUCAUUUGGUAAAAACCACAAGUGGAAGAAAUUAACUACUUGAUGAUCAUGAGCCCCAGCCCCCAGACCUUCUGGCACCUAAGGAUUGAUAAUGUUAAAUUAACCACCCAGUUACCUCAACAUCAACCAAUCAGAGAGUUGUGCAGUAGCUGAUCACAUACCCUGGGACGCCCCUCCCUCACCUUGCCUUUAAAAAUGCUUUGGUGAAACCCUUCAGAGAGUUCAGGGUUUUUUUUUUUUUUUUUUUUUUGAGCAUGAGCAAACAGUUCUCCUGGCAUGGCCCUGCGAUAAAUCUUUCUCUGCUCCAAGCUCCAACAUUUGCGUUUGUUUGGCCUCACUGUGUGUCGGGCACACAAACUUGCGCUCGAUAACGAUGGAAGUUACCUGGGCCAAUAAAUGACCUGUAUGAUAUCUUAUAAGACAUCCAAAUCCAGUCAAGAAGGGGGAUAUAGUCUUUGGAAGCUGUGAUUUACAAACAAAGAAAAUGUAAUUGUGUUGCAGAAAGAAGUUGGUCUACAAAAUCAAGAAGAAAACCAAGGGAAAGCAAUCAGGUAGUGUUUUUCCAGCGCUGUUGUUAUAGAACAGCACGUUCCGGGUGUCCCACGCACAAUUCAUAUUCCUUCCUCUUCAAGGUAACAAUGUACUGGAUCAGCAGCACCCCAGCCACCAGGGCGCACACGCUGGCGCUUGCUACCGCGCUCACCCUCGCCAUGGCCGCUUGAUCCAUGGACGGGGCCUCCUGCGCCUUCGGAUCAAGAGAAGAGGUCGCUGGGUGGCUCGGGCCUCGGAUGCUCCGCCCCAGAGACCAACCCAGACGCCCCGCCCCGCGCCGCCCUAGCCCCGCCUCCUAGGAAAGCCCCACCCACGAGCGGCGGGAAAGGAGAAAGGAGUGGGAGGGGCGUGGCUUGCGUCCCCGCCGGGGGGCGGGAGGUGGGUCUUCCUCAGAACCCGCGUCCAAGGAACUGUACAAGAACAGAAAAGAGGAGUCGAAUUAAUUCUCUCUCUCUCUCUGCUAAUGAAGACCGGGCAGUAGUUCAUUCUAGCUCCGCCCAGUAGAAAUCUGAUUCCAAACAUCACUCAGAAAAAAAUCCUCCGCCUUCCUCUCUCCUGACACCCAGGACUACAACCCCCAGAAGGCAUCGGGGCUCAGCUGAGUUGCGCAGUAGCGUUCGUUGUAAAGUGCUAUGACAACAGGGCGGAGAUGGCUUGGAGUUAGGCUUGAGUGGGUAGGUGUCCCUUCCGCCGCUGCUGUCCUUUUUCUGCUACAUCCCACUCACUGCCUCCUUCAUCAUUUCCUCCUCUUUGUGAGCAGCAGGUCUUACCGCUGUUCUUUCCUGCCUGAUAUCUGCCACGGGAUUGAUGCCGUUUUUCCUGCUUGUCUCUGAGGGUGACAGAGAGGGGAUGCAGGGGAGCUACUUGGUGGGAUCGCUCCAGCUCUGUGGAGCUGGUGGUGCCAGGUGGUGAGGCGCUGUCUUUGCCUGGGACGUGAAACAAGUUGGAUCAGGAGAACGAGAGGGAGAAGUAAGGGUUGCUUUUUCCUGCACCGUCCGUUCUUGCUCGUCGUUCCAGCCCUGGAAUCCUGGCAGACGUUCUUAAAGGGAAAUCGGUGGAAGGAGAGUUCGAAGAAAGGUGGGGCAGGACCCACCUGACUCGGCAUCAGAGUGAACGAAAAUGUCUUUAUUUAAAGCCCGUGAUUGGUGGUCUACUGUUCUGGGAGAAAAAGAAGAAUUUGAUCAAGGCUGUUUGUGUUUGGCUGAUGUUGACAAUACUGGAAAUGGACAAGAUAAAGUAAUUGUGGGUAGCUUUAUGGGAUACCUAAGGAUCUUUAAUCCUCAUCCUGUAAAAACAGCAGAUGGAGCUCAAGCUGAAGAUUUGCUUCUAGAAGUGCAUCUACGAGAUCCAAUACUGCAAGUGGAAGUAGGAAAGUUUGUUUCAGGUACUGAAAUGCUUCAUUUGGCUGUGUUGCAUUCUAGAAAACUGUGUGUCUACUCUGUCUCAGGAAGCUUGGGUAAUGUGGAACAUGGGACCCAAUAUCAGAUCAAAUUGAUGUAUGAACAUAAUCUUCAGAGAACAGCCUGCAAUAUGACUUAUGGAUCAUUUGGUGGUGUAAAAGGUCGCGAUUUAAUUUGUAUCCAGUCUAUGGAUGGAAUGCUGAUGGUGUUUGAGCAGGAGAGCUAUGCUUUUGGGAGAUUUCUCCCUGGUUCUCUUUUACCUGGCCCUCUUGCUUACAGUUCCCGUACAGAUUCCUUCAUUACUGUUUCAUCCUGCCGACAAGUGGAAAGUUACAAAUACCAAGUACUUGCUUUUGCAACGGAUGCAGAUAAAAGACAAGAGACUGAACAGCAAAAACUUGGUUCUGGAAAAAGACUAGUUGUGGAUUGGACUCUAAAUAUUGGAGAGCAAGCCCUUGAUAUAUGUAUUGUUUCUUUCAAUCAGUCAGCAUCUUCUGUUUUUGUUCUUGGUGAGAGAAACUUUUUUUGCCUUAAGGAUAAUGGACAAAUUCGAUUUAUGAAGAAACUUGAUUGUAGCCCAAGUUGUUUUCUCCCAUAUUGCUCAGUUUCUGAAGGAACAAUAAAUACUUUGAUUGGAAACCAUAAUAACAUGUUGCAUGUUUAUCAGGAUGUGACAUUGAAGUGGGCCACUCAACUUCCCCACAUUCCUGUAGCAGUAAGAGUGGGCUGUUUACAUGAUUUAAAGGGAGUGAUAGUCACUCUGAGUGAUGAUGGUCACUUGCAGUGUUCAUACCUGGGGACAGACCCUUCUUUGUUCCAAGCUCCAAAAGUUGAAUCUAGAGAACUAAACUAUGAUGAACUUGAUGUAGAAUUGAAAGAACUUCAGAAAAUCAUCAAAGAUGUUAACAAAUCACAAGGUGUAUGGCCUAUGACCGAGAGAGAAGAUGACCUGAAAGUCUCUGCCAUGGUUUCUCCUAACUUUGAUUCAGUAUCUCAAUCUACUGAUGUUGAAGUGGGAGCUGACCUUGUCCCUUCAGUCACAGUGAAGGUCACACUGCAGAAUCGAGUGACAUUACAAAAGAUCAGAUUAUCGGUCUAUGUACAACCACCUUUAGUAUUGACUUGUGAUCAGUUCACCUUUGAAUUUAUGGCACCAGAGAUGACUAGAACAGUAGGCUUUUCUGUUUAUCUGAAAGGAAGUUAUUUACCAUCUGAAUUGGAAGGAAAUGCUGUUGUUUCUUAUUCCAGACCUACAGAUCGAAAUCCUGAGGGCAUUCCUCGAGUUAGCCAAUGUAAGUUUAGACUUCCCCUGAAAUUAAUCUGCUUACCAGGCCAGCCUUCAAAAACUGCAAGCCACAAACUAACUAUUGAUACCAACAAAUCUCCAGUCAGUCUUCUCAGUCUCUUUCCAGGCUUUGCCAAUCAGUCAGAAGAUGAUCAGGUGAAUGUAAUGGGUUUUCGCUUCUUAGGAGGUUCCCGAGUUACUCUUCUUGCUUCCAAAACCUCUCAACGAUAUCGCAUCCAGAGUGAACAAUUUGAGGAUCUUUGGCUCAUAACAAAUGAGCUUAUUAUCCGCCUUCAGGAAUAUUUUGAAAAACAGGGAAUCAAAGAUUUCGCAUGUUCUUUUUCUGGAUCUAUGCCCCUUCAAGAAUAUUUCGAGUUGAUUGAUCAUCAUUUUGAGAGAAUAUACUUUGAUUUAGUUAGCUACUUAAUGCUUCUGAAACUGGGGUUAAAAGAAGUUAAUAAAAUUCCAAGUUUUUUUUCCAAUCAUGUGUCUGUUCUCCAUACAUGCACUGAAAAGUUGCGGAUAAAUGGUGAAAAAUUAGAAGAACUCUUAUCUGAAAGAGCUGUACAAUUUCGGGCCAUUCAACGCCGGCUAUUAACAAGGUUCAAAGAUAAAACACCUGGUCCUCUCCAACACCUGGACACCUUGCUAGAUGGAACUUACAAGCAGGUAAUCUCUCUAGCAGAUGCAGUAGAGGAAAACCAAGACAAUCUGUUCCAGUCAUUCACCAGGCUGAAAAGUGCCACCCAUUUGGUGAUUCUGCUGAUCGGGCUGUGGCAGAAGCUUAGCGCCGACCAGAUUGCUAUCCUGGAAGCGGCAUUUCUGCCACUGCAGCAGGACACUCAAGAAUUGGGCUGGGAAGAAACAGUGGAUGCUGCUAUUUCCCACCUUUUGAAGACCUGCCUAUCGAAGAGUUCCAAGGAGCAGGCUUUGAACCUCAGCAGCCAGUUGAGCAUACCCAAAGACACAAGCCGAUUGAAGAAACAUAUCACCUUGCUGUGCGAUCGAUUAGCCAAAGGUGGACGUCUCUGCCUAAGUACUGACGCAGCGGCUCCCCAGACCAUGGUCAUGCCAGGUGGCUGUGCUACGAUCCCAGAAUCAGACCUAGAAGAAAGAUCAGUAGAGCAAGACUCCACUGAACUGUUUACCAACCACAAACACCUCAUCGUGGAGACGCCCAUAGCUGAAGUUUCACCCCUCCAAGGAGUUUCAGAAUAGUUGAAGUAGAGUUGUCUGGUUGAGGGGAAGAUGGCCUUCCCAAGGCUGAUCAUGUGUGGACCUCAUGCCAAGCACAGAUGAAGGUGCUUCAUACAGCUCACCUGCCAGGAGAUAAUAGGUAGAGAUGGGGAUGGGGACUUUUAAUUUUUCUAGGAGGACUUGUAAUACUAUGGGCAAGUCAGUUGAACUUGUCUUACCAGGAAAGGAUGUUGCUCCUUUUUGGUCAUCUGUAUGCUUUCAGCCACAGUAUAUAGUGAGAUGACAUCUUUUGGGGGCAGACUUUGUAAUGCAAAGACCCAGAUCCUACUUGAUACCCCAGUUUUUUCACAGAAUUCUUAUAUAUUAAAUGUAUCGAGUUUAAUAAAAGCAUCUUAUU